AUACUUUAUGCAUAAUUUUUGCAUAUUUUUCAAGAAUAUUACAUAAAUUAUGCAUAAAGUAUGCAUAAAAUUCGCAUGGAUUAUAUAAGUUUUUGUCUUGCACAUGCACAAUUAAUGCAGAAAUUAUGCAUAUUUUUCAAGAAUAUUACGUAAAUUAUGCAAAAAUACUACAUAAAUUAUGCAUAAAUUAUGCGUAAUCUAUGCAUAAUUUAUGCACAAUUUAUGCAUAAUUUAUGUAAUAUUCUUGAAAAAUAUGCAAAAUUUAUGCAUAAAUUAUGCAU